AUCACUCGAGAGCAUAAAUAUGGUCAGUAACGUCGAUUGUCACCUCGACGACCUUCCCGCACGCCUCUCAGAGUCCAGCCCUCGGCAAUGUCUUCCAGCCUCAAAGUUGAGUACCGCCAGCUCGGCAAGUCCGGUCUCCGGGUUUCUGUCCCCAUCAUCGGGGCGAUGAGCUUUGGUUCCCCAAAGUGGGGUCUUUCGCCAUGGGUUCUAGACGCCAACGACUCCAUCCCCAUUCUCAAGGAGGCAUGGGACCUGGGUAUCAAUACCAUCGACACGGCCAACGUGUAUUCGAAUGGCGAGUCUGAGCGUGUAGUCGCACAGUUCCUGAAGCAGUACAACAUCCCCCGGCAUCAAGUCAUCAUCGCAACCAAAUGUUUUGGCCUCGUUGCCAGUUCUGUCGAGAUCAGAACCGCCGCCACACCCGGCCUCGACCAAACUCGCGAAUAUGUCAACCAGUCGGGUCUCUCUCGCUCAGCAAUCUUCAAUGCUGUCAACGCCUCCCUUGCUCGGCUGGAGACGCCGUACGUUGAUUUGCUCCAGAUCCACCGUUUCGAUUCCUCCGUCGAGCCAGAGGAGACGAUGAAGGCUUUGCAUGAUCUUGUAGAAAGCGGCAAGGUGAGAUACAUUGGCGCGAGCUCCAUGCGCACAUGGCAGUUUGCGCUGCUCAACGAGGUUGCGGCGCGGCAUGGGUGGACAAAAUUUGUCAGUAUGCAGGAUGAGUAUUCGUUGCUGUACCGAGAGGAGGAACGCGAAAUGCUCGCCUAUUGCAAGUACAACGGCAUCGGCGUCAUCCCAUGGGCCCCGCUCGCUGGAGGCGACCUGGCACGCCCCUUUGGUGUCGAGACGACACGGCUGACCUCGGCAAAAGGCACGCCAUUCGAGAAGAAGUUCACCGAUGCCGACAAGACUAUCAUCGCGCGCGUCGAGGAGAUCGCGAAAAAGUACGAUCGCAAAAUGGGCCAGGUCGCGCUUGCGUGGGUGAACAAGCGCGUGACGAGUCCGAUCGUGGGUGUGAGCUCGAUACAGCGAUUGCAUGAGAGUAUCAUCACCGGCUUUGAGAUCAGCGACGAAGAAGAAGGAUAUUUGGAGGCCCCAUACCAACCAAAACCUGUCCGCGGACAUGCCUGAAUGGAAAGACUUAUGGACCAGGGUUGCCUCUGUAUUAUAAGUCGUCGGGGGUUCGACUCGAGAACCUCGCUGCAUGUAAGAUAUUAGUCGAGGUUGUGAAUUUGACAUAUUGCUCGUGU